AUGUCUGCCGAUACGAAGACCCGCAAGCGCAAAUCUGGCGACGAUGUCGUCUCGAAAGCGAAGAAAGUCAAGACGACAACGACCAAGUCGGCCGAGCGACCUGCACCGCUGAAAUCCGCACUGAAGAAGAGCAAAGUGGAGAAAGUUGAGGAGGAAAAGCCGAAGGGCAAGAAACCCAAGAAGAAGUCUAGCGAAGUCGUCGAACAACCGGAUGACGAGGCAGAUACCAUCGUAUCGGAUGCAGAUGAAGGCGGCGCCGCGCUCACCGCAGACCAAACCGCAGCGCUACUCGCUGGCUUCUCCUCCGAUUCUGAGGAGGAUGGCGAGGAAGAAGACGGAAUCGAAAUCUCCAAGCUACCCGCGGCCCCAACCACAGGCGAAGUACAGAAGCGUAUCGAAAAAGCAGCCUCGAACCAAGACCCCGAAUCAACCCCAGGAGUAGUUUUCCUCGGCCGCAUCCCCCAUGGUUUCUACGAACCCCAAAUGCGCUCCUAUUUCUCCCAGUUCGGCGUCAUAACACACCUGCGCCUCGGCCGGAAUAAGAAGACAGGGAAAUCCCAGCAUCAUGCCUUCGUCGAAUUCGAAUCAGCCGCCGUGGCAGAUAUCGUGGCGAAGACAAUGGACAAAUACCUGCUGUUCGGACACAUUUUGCAAUGCAGACGCGUGCCAGCCGAGCAGGUGAAGGAGAAUAUGUGGAAGAAUAGUAGUGGUGUGAAGAGAGGCAAAGUGCGACCGAGAAAUAGAAUUGAGGGGACGAAGUUGCGGAAGGGAAUGGACAGGGAAGGGUGGGAGAAGAGGAAUGGCAGGGAGGAGAACAGGAGAAGAGAGAAGCUGGAGAAGCUGGCGGAGAUGGAUUAUGAGUUUGAGGUGCCGGAGCUGAAGAAAGUGGAAAGCGUGCCGGUCAAAGCGAAGGCGAUUGAAGAUACGCAGACUGGCGCAGAGGACGAUGAUGGCGUGAAGUUGAUCGAGGGCAAGAAAGAAGAGGUUGCGCCCGGGGUGGAGAAGGAGGUUGAAAAGGUCGUCAAGGCGAAGCCAACUGAACUCGUCGAGGAAAAGACGAUUAAAAGGAAGAGCAAAGCUACGGGUGCUACGACCACCACAACGAAGAAGCGCAAGACGAAGUUAGCUGCUUGA